AUGGAAACGGGGAAACGUGGGCCACGUUUUAGGAUUGUUGGAGCCUUGAUCCCACGUUUAGAGAAUAGAGAAGUUUGCAUAUUGGGUAAGGCACUUUCUGUUGAUCCAUCUGGUCGGCGGAUCACGUUACAAUGUGCAGAUGGUACUGAGGUCAGGUGUAACCUUUCAUCACCUCUUCAGAUUUCGCCGGAGUCGUGUAUAGUUGAGGUUCAAGGUCUCGUCACACAAGCUCAUGAGAUUCAGGCAACUGCCGAACCUGUCAUAUUUCCACAAGAGGCCAGUAACAAUUUCGAUCUUGAACGCUAUGCAUACGCGGUUAAUUUGACUGCUACAUUUGAUGGUCUUUAUAUGCAGUCACCUGAAGAAUAG